AGUGUGGCGUCAGCAGGCCAGGUGUAUAGCCUCGACAGUCAGUGGUGUAGCUAGACGUCCUGGAGGACGCCACAUAUACACACCUCUGCUCUCCUGUCUUAGUCCAUCAUCAACAACAACAUUAUUAUUUCUCGCUUCCUGAGCUGGCUUUUUUUUCCCCAUUAACUAAGCCAUGAGCUUGAUGUCUUGGCUGAGUGGUGAGGGUGUGGCCGGGUGCCCCAGCCCACACCUGGAGCUACAGGCGGGUACUACUGCGGUAGCAGCACACGGGAAGCAGUCCAGCAUGGAGGUGACAGAAGAGAACCUUGGGAGGCUGGUGGAGGUGUUGACUCACACAUUCUCUCUCGAUGUCACUCAACGUCGCUCAGCGGAGCAGUUCUUGAACCAAGUUGAGAGCCAUGAGAAUUAUCCUGUACUGCUUCUGACAUUGCUAACCCGUGAUGAAACACAAGUCCCCAAAAAUAUCAAAGUUGCUGCAGCAAUCAACUUGAAAAAUUUGGUGAAGAGAAAUUGGAUAGUGGAUGAAGAUGGAACGAAUAGGAUUAGUACCAAUGAUAGGACUGUUAUCAAGCGAGAAAUUGUCGACCUGAUGUUAAGGUCGUCAGAAGGAGUUCAGCGGCAGCUUUCUGAAGCUAUUUCCAUCAUUGGAAAGUCAGAUUUUCCCCAUCAAUGGCAAGAUUUAAUCCCUUACAUGGCUGAAAAGUUCAAAUCGGGCGACUUUAACAUCAUCAAUGGAGUCCUUCAAACGUCUUAUUCUGUAAUGAGGCGGUAUGAAUUUGAGCACAAAUCGGAUGAUCUUUGGCGAGAAAUAAAAUUCGUCUUGGAGAACUUUGCCCAACCAUUAACGAACCUCCUUGUGGAACUGAUGAAGUUUGCUGGUGAUAAUCUGACCAAUGCCACAGCCCUAAAGGUAAUCUUAUCGUCCCUGGUGUCAGUUGGAAAGCUGUUUCUGGCCCUCAAUUCCCAGGAUCUUCCCGAGUUCUUUGAGGAUAAUAUGGCAGUUUGGAUGGAACAUUUUCUUACGUUACUUAAUUUUACAAGUCCCCUGCUAGUUUCUCAAGAUGAUGAAGUUGGAGUUUUGGAACAGGUAAAAAGUCAAGUUUGUGAAGACAUAACUUUAUAUGCUGCAAAGUACAGAGAGGAAUUUGAACCAUUUAUAGAAAAGUUUGUAACUGCUGUUUGGAACCUUUUAUCAACCACUACUCUGGCUGUUAAGUUUGAUCAGAUGGUGAGUCAUGCUAUUCAGUUCCUGUGUGCGGUUGCAGAGCGGGAUCAUAGCAAGGGCCUAUUUGAAAAUGAGCAGGUACUCUCUGGUAUAUGUGAAAAGGUCAUUCUUCCCAACAUGCAUUUGAGACCAUGUGAUGAGGAAUUAUUUGAAGAGAGCCCAGACCAGUGGGUGGCACAGGAACUGGAAGGUGCAGAUUCUGAGACUAGGCGAAGAGCAGCUGUGGACUUUGUUAGAGUACUGUCAAGACACUUUGAGGCGAGAAUGACUCAAGUUUUUGGCCAGUAUGUUCAGUCCAUGUUGGCCACCUAUGCUGAGAAACCUGCCGAGUGUUGGAGAAACAAGGUGGCUGCCAUCUACCUGGUGACGACACUUUCUGCAAAGGGACACACGGCACGUCAUGGUGCUACAAAAAUUAAUGAAUUGGUCAACAUAACUGAAUUUUUCCAAGGUCAAAUUCUUCCAGAACUUAAGAAUCAAGAUGUUAAUAGCCUGCCAAUACUGAAGGCUGAAGCAAUCAAGUAUGUUAUCAGCUUCCGGAGUGCACUACCCUUUGAUGCAGUGAAGAUCUGUGUGCCAGACCUUACUCUGCUAUUAACUGCCCAGUCACCGGUAGUCCAUACAUAUGCUGCUGCUGCAAUUGAUAAAAUCUUUAUACUUAGAGUAAAUAAUCAACUUGUCGUACAGAAGAAUGAUGUCUCUCCCAUUGCAGGGUCAUUAUAUGUUAACCUCCUCGGGGCUAUGGCAAUGCAAGGAUCUGAACAAAAUGAGUAUGUAAUGAAAACAAUGAUGAGGGUCACAAGCCUUAUUGAAGAAGAUUUGAUGCAACAUGCCAGUCUCAUUGUGCCUCAACUUGUCAUUAAACUACAACAUGUUGCCAAAAACCCAGCAAAACCGCAUUAUGUUCAUUAUUUGUUUGAAACGCUCUCGUUGGUUAUUAAAGCAAUUUGUAACACUGUGGAUGGUGCAGUCUGUGAAUUUGAUAGAAAUCUCUUUCCAAUCUUUCAAGAGAUCUUACAAAAUGAGGUUGAUAGUCUCAUUCCCUAUGUUUUUCAAAUUAUAUCCCUUCUCUUGGAAAGGCAAAAUUCAGAAGUUCCUGAAGCAUACCUUUCAUUGUUGCCUUUCCUAGUUAUGCCUGUAUUGUGGGAGCGGCCUGGGUAUGUGGCGCCCAUGGUGAGACUACUGCAGGCUUACAUUGAAAAGGCUCAUGUCAAGGUUGUCCAGUUGGGAAAGUUAGAAGCAGUUCUUGGAGUGUUCAACAAACUAAAUGCUUCUAAAACCAAUGAUCAUGAAGGUUUCUAUCUUCUACAGUGUAUGCUUCUCCACAUGCCUAAAGAAGUCUUGGAAAAUUAUUGGAAUCAGAUCUUUACUAUUAUGUUCAGACGCUUAACAUCGAGUAAAACUACUAAAUAUGUUAAAUGCCUCCUUGUGUUCUUUAGUUUAUUCACCUGUCAACAUUCGGCAGCUCGCUUGAUCCAGAUAAUUGACUCUCUUCAACCUAGCAUGUUCAGUAUGGUUAUCGAACGCCUGAUAUUGCCCGACGUUCAGAAAGUGAAUGGUGAUGUGGAAAAAAAGAUCUGUGCUGUAGGACUAAGCAAUUUGAUAACAGACCCGGUAAUGUAUACUGGGAGUUAUAAUAUCCAUUGGGGUGCAUUAUUAGAAGCUUUAGUGAAACUUUUUGAAUGUCCUGAAGACAGUUCAUUGCCUGCAGGGGAGCACUUUAUUGAUGUAGAAGAUAUCCCAGCCUUCCAAGGUUCCUCUGCGCGGUUGAUGCACGCGAUGCGAAGUGAUUCUGAUCCCCUUAAAGGUCAAGUUGACAAUCCACAGAUAUACUUGGCUCAGCGUCUGGCUCAGCUGUCUCAGGCUCACCCUGGAACACUGCAAGCUCAGUUGGCACAGAUGAACCAAACUGCACAGGCACACAUUCUGAAAUACCUGCAGCUAGCAGGAGUCAGUCUUGCAUGAGCAGAGUGUUCAUCGUGUACAGCCGGGUGAUAAGUGUGUCAUUUUCUAGCAGUUCUCAUAUCGGCUAGUUCCUUGAGAGCAUGCAAGGAUAUAGAGAACAUUUAUUUUUUCAUAUUUAUGGUGAUAAUAGUAUAACUAAUUUUCAUUUAGUCAAACACUUUGUCCAGAUACAUUGUCAUUUUGAGUAAUUGCCUCUGUACGAGUGAUCUAAAUAGUAAGUUGUUAUACUUUUAGGUAAAUAAUAUAAAUUAGUUAAGUUCUUCCUCUACAUCUAUGUCACUGUCAUGAGUAUUUUCUGAUUUGGAAAAAUUAUUUAAAACUAAAUUGAAAAUAAUAGUCAUAAGUAAUGCAUAUAUUUUUUUUUUUUUUUUUUUUUUUUUUUUUUUUUUUUACUAGUUUUGCAUGAACAGUAUAUUUCCCACUGUGUGGGUGCUGGUUAAUGAUUGUGAAUUUAUCUUUAGUGCAUUAAAUUGAAUAACAUUUUUAUUUUAUCGUAUACCUGAUAAGUUUUUUGUAUCCUUUUUUUUUUUCAUGACGGUGAACUUGUAAACACUCCAGGUCUGAAACAGGCUAAUUCAGAUAGGAAUAUGUGGAAUUAGUUUAUCCUAUUUGGUGCUUUGUUCCAAGUAGCAAAUUAUGAUGGAAAACAUCUCUGAUGUCCCUUCUCUCCCCCCCCCUUCCCCUCUUCACUUGUUAUAAAUUUUAUAUUACUGAAUAUUUUUUAGUCCAGUAAGAUGACUUCAGUAAGUCAGAAGUAAGAUGGCAAGAUGACUUCAGUAAUUGAUAAAAUUUGUGGUUUUUUGCCAUUGUGCCCAACCCUGUAAUAUGUGAUGCCAAUAUGCCUUCAAAAACACCAGUUAAACAUGCUUAAAUGGAGUUUGCUAGAUACCUUUCUAUUGUUCAGCAAAUCCCAUUUCCUGGUUAGCAGCUUAAAUUGUUUUUGUAUAAGUUUUCCAGCUAUGUAAAAGGCAGAAUAAAACUUUGAUCAAUUUCUA